AUGAGUAUUCGGCAAAGUCUCAUUCAACAAUUUAUGCACACCCUACCUAGUUAGAACCCUUAAUAGACUAUAACUUUAUUGGCUCUUAUAGGAAUUGAAAGUGUUCUUUAAGAUAACGACAAUAAAUUAGUCAGAGAAGAAAUUACCCAAAUCAGACGACAAAUAGAGAAUAUUUAAACUAAAGAAGAAGAACACACAUUAAGAGGAGUAAAAUCAAAGGAAAGAGCUCUAACUCCUAAGAUUACAGAAUCUUCAGCUCCAACUCCAUUAAGCAACCAAAGAAAUACUGUGUCUAGACACCAUUUAGAUGAUCAGGCAAUGAGGAUGGCACUUAGUUAAUAAUAUGAAGAAACAGAACAAUUUAGAUCCCCUAAAUCAGAAAUCUCUAAUAUGAGAACACCUAAAUAAUCUAUUCAAUAUUUUAUUGAGAUGAAGAGUUAGAAAUCGAAAAGGGGACCAGAAAAUAAAUUAAAGGAAUUGCAAAAUAAUUUAACUAGAGAAUUAAUAGCAGAUUAUUAGGGUGUUUUGGAGGAAAUCAAGCAAAACCCAACAAAAUAUCCUGAUACUCCAGAGACAAGCCUUUAGGAAUAAUAAAUAAAGGACUAUAUAAAGAUGCAAUAGUAGGUACAAUUAUAGUAGCAAAAAUUAGAAAUUGAAAAAUAACAGCAAUAAAUAAAAUAACAAUCUUAAGACUAUAAUUAAUCUUAAAAAGAUCUACUAAAUUUGAGAAGGAGAAUUGAAACAUAGCCUGAUUAAAAAUUAGAAAAAUCUUGGUAAAUUUAGGAGAAAAAGACUAAUUAGGGUAUUAUAAAUUAUAAGUCAGAACAAAAUUAAAUCUAAACUUAAAUGGCAACAAAAAAAGUUUAAUCCACACCAUAAUAAAAAGAAAGAAAAUCUCCAAAUAGAUAUGAAUAUUAAUAAUAAUAACAGUAAUAGUAAUAAUAAUAAUAACAAUAAUAAUAACAAUAAUAAUAGUAAUAAUAAUAGUAAUAGUAAUAAUAGUAAUAACAAUAAUUGUAAUAAUAAUAAUAAUAAUAAUAACAAUAACAAUAAUCAGGUUUAUAAACAGAGAACACAUUUUCAUUCUUCUAAAGAUAAAAGACUUAAGGAAAUCAAAUCAAUACUCAAUAAUCUAUUAAUUAUGAAAAGCAUAGUGGAGGUUUGAAGUAGAUGGCAGAUAAGUUGAUAAAUUCUCCAAUUAUUUAAUAAGUUUCUUUGAAGUCAGCUGAAAAUGUUUCCUCUCCAGGGAAAGAAGUUUAAGUUUCAUAGUUUGAAGAAUAAGGUACAUUUAAGAGUUAUAUUUAGAUUCAAUGAGUUCAAAUUCAAGUGCAUUUUCGCUAUUCUAACCUAACGAGGAAUUGAAAUCAUUUUUUAGGAAAGAAUUAAUAAAGGAGGAGAAUGAUGAAAGUAAGUACUAUAAUUAAAUAGAUCACGAUCCGAAUUGCGUAAAGUACUCUAAUAUAUUUUUGAAAGGGAGAAUGGGAGGAUCAAAAGUGUUUUGAAUUAAUUAGGUAUAUAAUGCAAUUUUGAAUUACUUUUACUUAAUAUUAAUAAUUAAAUGGCAGAUUAUUAUACAUAUCAAAGGAAACGAAGAGAUCUCGGAAAGCCUUGCAAUUUUUAAGACAGUGAAAUAAAAAUAGCAGGUUACACAAAGACAGUUGCAGUCAUUCCUAACUAUGUGAAAAGAAAUCCCAAUCAUAUAGAUUUGGAUAAUAUAGCAGAAUACUCAGAGCAUUCUGUAAGCAUUUGAUUUAAAAAAUAUAGGUAAACACAGAGAGAGUAUCAACAGGAGACAAAGUGAUGUAUCAUAAAGAAGGAGGGGUAUAUUUAUUUAUGCAACAGUUUUUAGUGGCCUGCAGGCAUAGACCCUUUGGAGUAGCAAGACCAAAAUAAAUACAGAAGAAGGUUCGAGAAAGAUGCAGCAUUUGCAGUUGCUGUUAAAGAGCUGAGCAACACAGUGGAGAAAUGCAUUCUUUAGAAUAAUCAGAUAGAUUUGUUUGAGGAGUAUUUCUUAGAUGAAGAAAGUGAACAUCAAGUUGAGAAUCUGAGCACUAAGACUUUGAUGUUAUUUAAGUAUUAGUUGAUAUAAUAGUAGGGAUUAAUCAGAAGGAGUUAAAAGAUCUGUGUCAGAAAUAUCUUGGCAUCCAGAGGGUCCUAUAAAGGCAGCAGUUUCUUAUGCAAUAAGCAGAUUUUAAUAAAUGCCAGAAGGAAUGAUGAAAUCAUCAUAUGUUUGGGAUUUAUAAAAUCCCAAUAGUCCUGAAUUCCACUUAGAAACUAAUUCACCAAUAACUAAUUUGAUGUACAAUCCAAAGUUGUCUGACUAAAUUGGAGGCGGAUGUUAUAAUGGUUUAGUUGCUGUUUGGGAUGUAAAAAGAGGUAAAUAACCUGUAUUGACAUCACCUGUUGAAAAAUCUCAUCAUGAUCCAAUUACUCAUUUUCAAUGGUUGUUUAGUAAGACUGGUACAGAAUGUGUAACAACAUCAACUGAUGGUCGUGUUUUAUGGUGGGAUACUAGAAAAUUGAAUGAAGGUCCUAUUGAAUCAUUAAAUGUUACUGAGGGAUCAAAUCCAAAUGAUCCUUUGAUUGGUGCUACAGUAUUGGAAUAUAAUACAGAAGCAGGUCCAACCAAAUAUUUAAUUGGUACAGAAAUGGGUUCUUUAAUGGUUGCUAACAAAAAACCUAAGAAAGCUGUAGAAAUUACAGCCAGAUAUGGUUUGGAGAGUGGACGUCAUUUAGGUCCUGUUAUGUCUAUCAAUAGAAGUCCUCCAAAUCCAAAAUUCUUCUUAACAGUUGGAGAUUGGAGUGCUAAGAUUUGGGUUGAAGAUAUUAAGACACCAAUAAUGAGAACUAAAUAUCAUGGUAGUUAUUUAACAGAUGGUUGUUGGUCUCCAACUAGAAAUGGUGUGUUCUUUUUAACAAGAAAAGAUGGUUGGAUGGAUGUUUGGGAUUAUUAUUAUAGAUAGAAUGAAAUUGCAUUCAGUCAUAAAGUAAGUGAGACAGCUCUUACUUGUAUUAAAAUAAAUUCUAAUGGUGGUGCUCAUCAUAAUGCUGGAAAAUUAGUAGCAAUAGGUGAUUAAGAUGGUACAGUUACUUUAUUAGAAUUAUGUGAUUCAUUGUAUUAAUUACAAUUUAGAGAAAAGGAUGUGAUGAAUGAAAUGUUUGAUAGAGAAUCAAGAAAGGAAAAGAAUUUGGAAGCAAUUAAAAAACAACAAGAUUUAAUGAAGAAGGUUGUUCCAAAAGAUAAUAAGGCUGCCCAAUAAAAAUGGGAAUAAAGAAAGGCUGAAUUAAUUGCUGAAGCAGAAUAAUAGUUUAGCCAAAUUGUUAAAAAAGAUGAAGAGGCUAAAUUAAAUGAUUUAUCAGAGUUCAGUCCCAAAGCUCAAAAAAAGUAUAUAAAUUUAUAUAAUUUUUUUUAGAGAUGAUAAGAAGUAACAAUCUCCAAAAGAUGAUGAUAAACAAUAACAAUAAGGUGAUGGAGGAUAAUAACAAGAUCAAUAAGAUUAGGGAUAAGGUGAAGGAGAUAAAGAUGGAGGAUAAUAAUAAGAUGGAGAUGAUGGUUAAUAAUAAGGAAAUGAUGAUUAAUAACAAGGGGAUGAUGGUUAAUAAUAAGGAGAUGAUGAUUAAUAAUAAGGAGGAGAUGAUGGAGAUGGUUAAAAAGAAGGAGAUGAAGGAGAUGGCUAAAAAGAAGGGGAACAAGAAUGAUC